AUGGUAUUUGCUCGUGCUGCUGCGCGCUCUUUGUCGCGCCCCACAUCAUCCCUCUUUUCUGGUUCCCCGCAUCUUGCACGCCGUGCAGCCAUUCCUUCCAUUGCCAAACGCACACUGACAGCCUCUGCUUCACGCCAGGGCAAAGUUCUUCUCGUCCUCUAUGAUGGCCACGAGCAUGCCAAACAACAACCCCGCCUCCUCGGAACCACAGAGAACGAGCUAGGGAUCCGAAAAUGGCUUGAGGAUCAAGGACACACAUUGGUGACCACCUCGGACAAGGAGGGCGAGAACUCCAAGUUUGACCAGGAAUUGGUCGAUGCCGAAGUCAUCAUUACCACUCCCUUCCACCCUGGUUACCUCACGGCCGAGCGGCUCGCCAAAGCAAAGAAGCUGAAGAUUGCCGUAACCGCCGGUAUUGGUUCUGAUCACGUCGACCUGAACGCCGCCAAUGCCACCAACGGCGGUAUCACCGUCGCCGAGGUCACUGGCAGCAACGUGGUCUCCGUUGCCGAGCACGUUGUCAUGACCAUCCUCACCCUUGUCCGCAACUUCGUUCCUGCCCACGAACAGAUCGAGAGCGGAGACUGGAACGUCGCAGCUGUGGCCAAGAACGAGUAUGACCUCGAAGGUAAGGUUGUUGGUACCGUUGCCGUCGGCCGUAUCGGUGAGCGUGUGCUCCGUCGUCUCAAGCCCUUCGACUGCAAGGAGCUGUUGUACUUCGACUACCAGCCACUCAGCCCUGAGAAGGAGAAGGAAAUUGGCUGCAGACGCGUCGAGGACCUCGAAGAGAUGUUGGCCCAAUGCGACAUUGUCACCAUCAACUGCCCUCUCCACGAGAAGACUCGAGGAUUGUUCAACAAGGAGUUGAUCUCCAAGAUGAAGAAGGGUGCUUGGCUCGUCAACACGGCUCGUGGUGCCAUUGUUGUCAAGGAAGACGUCGCCGAAGCCCUCAAGUCCGGCCAGCUCAACGGCUACGGUGGUGAUGUGUGGUUCCCUCAACCCGCCCCCAAGGACCAUCCUCUCAGAUAUGCCAAGAACCCAUGGGGUGGCGGCAACGCCAUGGUUCCUCACAUGUCCGGUACCUCUAUCGAUGCACAAGAACGUUAUGCGGCUGGCACCAAGGCUAUCCUUGAGAGCUACUUCUCUGGCCGUCACGACUACAGGCCUGAGGAUCUCAUCUGCUACAAAGGCGACUAUGCCACCAAGGCUUAUGGCCAGAGGGCCAAGAAAUAA